CCACCAUCGUCCAUCUUUUCAUUUUGAAGGAAAAGAAGAAAAUAAAAAAGUUUGUCUAUAGCUUGUUAUGGCCAUGGAACUCUUCUCUCUUCAAAGUUUCCUCUACUUUGCCUUCUUUUCACUCUCCUUCUACUUCUUCUACUUUUAUACCUCAAACAAAAAACACGUUAACAAAGGCUUCAAACUUUAUCCUAUUGUCGGAGUCUUACCGGAUUUCAUCAAAAACAGGCACCGGUUCCUUGACUGGUCAACCGAAACUCUUCAACGUUGCCCCACUAACUCUGCUACUUUGUUCCGUCCUGGCAAAGUGUGCGGCGUUCUCACAGCGAAUCCAUCGAACAUCGAGCAUGUUCUCAAGACUAACUUUGAGAACUACCCAAAAGGCGAUCGGUUCAUCCUGGUUCUCGAAGAUUUUCUUGGCCGAGGAAUCUUCAACUCCGAUGGAGAGUUGUGGAAAGUCCAGAGGAAAACUGCUAGCUACGAGUUCAACACAAGAUCCCUUAGAAAUUUCGUUCUGGAAAGCGUUAGGUCUGAGAUUUUGUCAAGGCUACUUCCGAUAUUAAGCAAAGCCUCGAAAACAGAAGAGUUGUUGGAUUUACAAGAUAUUUUUGAGCGGUUUGCGUUCGACAACAUAUGUAAAGUGGCUUUUAACGUUGACCCGGGUUGUCUCGACGGAGAUGGGACCAGUCGUUCUGACUUUAUGCGCGCAUUUGAAGAUGCAGCCGUUCUUAGUUCCGAGAGAUAUAGGUCUCUGUUACCACUCAUAUGGAAAAUCAAGAAGUUCUUUAACAUAGGUUCAGAACGUAUACUGAAGAAAUCAAUAGCAACAGUUCAUGAAUUCGCUAACGAAAUUAUUCUUUCAAGAAUGGAAUCAAAAGCGAAGAACAUUGAUGAAGAUUUAUUGUCACGAUUUAUUGGAAAUGGUAAUCACUCACGCGAAUUUCUCCGAGACAUCGUCAUAAGCUUUAUUCUUGCAGGACGAGACACAACAUCUUCGGCUUUAAGUUCCUUCUUUUGGUUAUUAUCUUCCCGCCCAGAUAUUCAGCAAAAGAUAUUGAAGGAGCUAGAGUCAAUUCGGGUCCGAAAUAGAAAAAGUAUCGGUGAUAUUUACAGUUUUGACGAGCUACGAGAUAUGCACUAUUUGCAAGCAGCGAUAUCCGAAACGAUGCGAUUGUACCCACCAGUACCAGUUGACACGAAAACUUGCAUGAAGGACGAAGUGUUGCCAGACGGUACAUUUAUUGGCAAAGGAUGGUUUAUUAUGUAUCAUGCAUAUGCGAUGGGGCGAAUGGAGAGCAUAUGGGGAGAGAAUUGCCAUGAAUAUUUACCGGAAAGGUGGCUGAAAAAUGGAAUUUAUCGGCCGGAAAAUGUGUUUAAGUUCCCGGUGUUUAAUGCGGGGCUGAGAAUAUGUCUGGGGAAAGAAAUGGCAUAUAUUCAGAUGAAAUCAAUAGCGGCAUCAGUAAUAGAGAGGUUUGUGAUUGACGUACAGGGUAAGGACAAGUGUCCCGAGCGUGUGUUGUCUUUGACUCUAAGAAUGAAGAAUGGGUUACCAGUGAGAGCGAAGGAAAGAUGCGUGGACAUGAUGAUUUGACAGUGUAAUGGCCUUCCCCCUUGCUUUUAGGAAAUAAAAUUCUUAGCCGUGAAUUAAAAUAUUAGGCAGUUUCUA